AUGUCAACAAAUAAAAAAUUUAAAAAAUAUAAUAAUAAAAUAUUUCAAGAUGUUAUUGAUUUUGAAAUUUUAAGAUCUAUAAUCAAUUAUUUAUUAACCAGCAACACAAAUAAAAAAAAUAAUAAUAAUAAUUACAACACUAGUAAUCAAUAUAAAAUUAAUAAAUUUUAUUUAAAUGGAAAUGAAAUAUUAAAUUAUACAUUAGUUUCAAAAAAGUGGUAUAAUUUUAUAUCAUUAACAAUAUCAAAUAAUAUUAUUAAUAAUAAAUUAUUUGAACAUUGGUUAAAAAUUAAUUAUAAUAAUAAUAAUAAUUAUAAUAUUAUUAAUAAUAAAUCAUUUGAUAAUUGGUUAAAAAUUUAUAAUAAUAAUAAUAAUAAAUCAUUUAUUGAAAACUAUAAUAAUCGAAAUCAAUAUGAUAAAAAUAAUUUAUUUUUAAAAAGUGCUAAACAAAAUAAAAUUAGCCAAUUUAAAAUUAGUUUCAAUAAAGAGUUUUCAAUUAUAAAAAUCAAAGAAUCAAUAAUUAAUGAUUAUUUUAAAUUCAAUUUAUUUUUAGAUUAUAUUACAAUUGAUGAUUUUAAAGAAAUUAAAAAGAAAUUUGAAAAUAAUCAAUUACUUUAUAAUAGAAUUGUAAUUGAUAUUAAUAUUGGAAAUGGUUAUGAUGAUUAUAGUUCAAACCAAAGUGAUAUUAUAUUUAAAAUACAUGAAUAUAUAUCAAAUGAAAAUUUAGAGACUAUAUCAAAUUUAUUUAAAAUAUUAGAAUUAAAUUAUGUUUAUUUGGAAAUUGGGGAUUAUAUUCCAAAAUCCCCUGAAAAGGGCAAAAGUAAUAAUAAGAAAUGUACCGAAAUGUAUUUUAAAAGUUUAUCAGUUGAUGGUUUAUAUGAGAACGAAGAAACAGUAAAGAUAUUCAAAAUUUUCAAAGGUAAAAAUGUAAUAUUUCAUGGUCCAACACAUGCCGACUCACCAUUAUUUGACCCAGAUAAUUCAGGUCAACAAGUUGAAUCAUUUAAAGUACAAACUGAUUUAUUCGGAUCUUUUGUUGAAGCACGUCAUCUAAUCAAAAGUAAUCAAUUUGAAAAUUUACAUUCAAUUUCAAUAAAAAUUAAUUCAUUUCAAAUAUUAUCAAAUAUAUCUGAAGAAAUGGGAUCUUAUAGAUUCUAUAAUAAUCAUAAUUAUAAAAAUGAUCCACCAGAUUCGAAAAAUAUGAAAUCAGAAUUAAAUCAAAUGAUUAACUCAUUCAUUACAAGUAAAUCUUUAAAGAAUUUAAAAAUAACAGCCAAUAAUACUACACACUAUUCAAUUGAAUAUGAUGCUUGCUAUAUUGGAGGUGAUCAUGAAACUUUUGCAAAUAAAAUAAAUGAAAAUAUAGAAUCAUAUUCAAAUUCAUUUAAACCAUUAUUUUCAGAAUUAAAUACAUCAAUUGAAAGAAUUGAAUUAAAUUGUUGUGGUUUAUUAAAUAUCAAUACAUUUUCAAAUUUAUUAAAUAAUAAAUCAAUUAAAUAUCUAUAUUUAUACGGUGAUAGUGAUUUCAUUGUUUACUCAUCAAAACAAAAUGGUGGUAAUAGUGGUGGUGGUGAUGGUGUAUUACAUAAAGAAUCUAUUUCAAUUAAUCAGUAUUUAUUUGAUAAUAUAUUUACAUCACCAUUAACAUCAAUUAGACAUUAUAGAAUUAAAUUCAAAGAAUCAAAUCAAUUAAAAUUAAUAUUUAAUUUAAUAUUUAAUAAUAUUUUUAAAUUACAAUUGUAUUCAUUAAUAUUUAAAAUUUAUAAAAACGAAUUAGUUGGUGAAUUUGUUAAAGAAUUUAAAAAUUUAAUAAAUAAUAUUUCAACACAACAAGAUCAACAACAAAAAUUAAAUAACAUAUAUUUAAAAGAAAUUAAAAUAAAAAUUGAAGAUGAUAAAUAUAUUCAAGAAUUAAAUAAUAUUAAAAAUCCAUAUUUCACAACAGUAAUAAAGAAAUUACCAAAAAGGUUGUGUACACUUAAAAGAUAA